AGAAAAAUCACUAUGUACAACAUAUUUACAUCAAUAUUGUCUUUACUGAAUUUUGUUAGCAUGAAUGUCCAUGCUAAUCCAAACUUUGUCGUUAUAUUUGCUGACGAUAUGGGAUAUGGAGACUUACAAUCUUAUGGUCAUCCGUCUCAAGAAAAAGGUCCAAUUGAUGCGAUGGCUGAAGAAGGAAUUCGCUUUACCCAUUGGUAUUCUGCAGAGUCUCUUUGCACUCCAAGUAGAGCUGCUUUACUAACAGGAAGGCUUCCAGUACGCAUUGGGAUGGUUGGACCGAAUCGAGUCUUAUGGCAAUUGGAUGCAGGUGGUCUGCCCAAGACAGAAACUACAAUUGCGGAAGAAUUGACACAGCUUGGAUAUGCAACAGGGAUGGUUGGAAAGUGGCAUUUGGGUAUAAAUGAGCAUUCUUUCAAUGAUGGAAACCAUUUGCCGGUCCAUCAUGGCUUUCAAUAUGUUGGAACAAAUUUCCCUUAUGGUCAAAAUUGGAAAUGCGAUAAAGAAAAAUUUUCAGUUAAAGAGAUGGCUGAUAAAUGUUUCAAGUAUAAGAAUGUUACAAUGGUUCAGCAACCAACACAUUUAGAACAAUCUACAGAAGAGAUGGUCAACGAUACUAAAAACUUUAUACGGAAACAUUCAAGGCAACCAUUCUUUUUUUACAUGCCAUUGCUUCAAACACACAGUGCACUGUUUUGCUCAAACAAAUUUUGUGGAAAAUCAAAAAGAGGUCUCUAUGGUGAUAAUGUCAAUGAAAUGAGUUGGGCAGUUGGAGAAGUAUUGAACACAUUGAAAGAACUUGAGAUUGACAAAAAUACAUUGGUACUUUUUAUAUCUGAUCAUGGACCUCAACUUGAACUAUGUACAGAAGGUGGAUCGGCUGGUUUGUUUAAAGGUGGCAAAGGUUCUGUAUGGGAAGGAGGUUUGAGAGUCCCAGCAAUUGCUUGGUGGCCAGGUACAAUACCUGCAGGUGUUGUGAAUCAUGAAAUUGUCAGCUCACUUGAUGUUUAUUCUACAAUACUGGAACUUGCUGGUACAAAUAAUGCAGAUUCUGAUGGCAUUGUUCGGGAUGGAAAGAGUUUAGCUGAUUUGUUAAGAAAUGGAGAACCAUCUCCUCAUGAUUUCCUAUUUCUUUAUUGCUCUGAUAGACUGAUGGCGGUCCGAUACAAAAGCUUCAAGUUUUAUUUCUAUACUCAGAAUCAAUCAAUAAACAGUGAAGAACUUUGUGUUUUGGGUAAACCUAAGGAUGAUGUGUUGACUUAUUUAGACUGUUAUGGAAAGGACGUUACAGCACAUAAUCCACCUCUAAUUUUUAAUGUGGAUGAAGAUCCUGGAGAAAACUUUCCUCUGAGUUGUUUAAAUUUUAAAGAAAUGUUAGAAAAGGUUCAUGCUGCAGUUCGAAAGCAUAAGUCGUCUGUCCAUAAAGUCAAGUCUGUACUCGGACUGAAAAAUGAAAGUUUGCAGCCUUGUUGCAAUCCACCAGUUUGUCAGUGUAAUUAUGAUACUCCACAAAAUUUAACAAUGAAGACAGAACUGUAAGUUGGUAACUUGGUGCAGAUUCCACUGAUGUCAGGGUGGGUAUUUUUGUGACUAAAUUAUUAUGAUUCCAAGAGAUGAUUAUUGUAUUCAAAGUAUUUCAUUACUUGAAGUUGUGAAGUCCUAUUCUUGCACCAUUGGUCAGAUAGAUCCUUUGGCAUUCAUGGUUUUAUUUUAUAGCGUACAAAUUGAACCAUGAGACCGUCAAAAACAAGUUGUUUCAUAUAUUCUUUCUCGAAUAUUCUAAAUUCUACUUCAUAAUAAAUUUUAAAAAUCAUGAUGCUAGCUAAAUUUUAUAAUAAAAAUAGUGACUUAAUCGCAAAAGUGUAUUUGUCAGAAAAGUACAGUAAUGUUGCAAAAGUUUUAAAAUAUAAAAGGUUUUGGAUAGCAUUAAUGUUUAAUUUUCCUUUAAACUAUGUUGUUUAUAUCGUAUAAAUUUAAUUAUUUUUACUUGUGUUACACAACAUGCUUUGUAUAGAAAUUAUAGAGUUCACUUAAUUUUAUUUUUGUAAUUCUAUGCAAUAUUUUAUGUCAUAUAACUCGCAAUUAAGUCAAAUCAUUACAUUGAUACACAAUUCCCCACAAGUUGUGACAAACCUUUGUCUACCUGCUAUGUUGCAAUAAACAAAAGAGCCA